AUCACCACUCAUCUCUCCCAUCAAAAUAUCAAAAUCCGACGGUCUUGAUUGUUGAUCACCCACCAUUGUCUGGUUCACAUCCUAGAUAUUUCUCAUAGAUGCUGGUUCCGUAGAUAGGAUUAGGAAUUGGGAAACUUGGAGCUAGAAGCCUGGAACUAGUUCCGCUGUCAGAUAUGGGUGGGAGCGCGUUUCUUAUCGCGAACUCCUCCUUCGGAUCGUAUCUCGUCGGGGAUGGUCGUCUUCGCAGUCUCCCGCGGCGAAGAUUGAGCACCUUUCGAGUUCGGUCUUCAUCUUCUGCUCCACACGUCUCUUUAACUGCUGAAACACUUGAUAAAGAUGGUUCUGUGACUGGUGGUGCAUAUGAUUUCAAACAAGCAACAAGGUCACUUAUCCAUGAAUUGAUGUCUUCACCAAAGAAGGUGACCCUUGUAAGGCAUGGUCUUAGCACUUGGAAUGAAGAAAGCAGGGUUCAGGGAAGCUCGGACUUGUCCAUAUUAACAGAAAUUGGAGCCAGACAAGCAGAGAAAUGCAGGAGAGCCUUAGCCGAUAUAUGCUUUGACCAGUGUUUCUCUAGUCCUAUUUCUCGUGCAAAGACCACUGCUGAACUUAUGUGGCAAGGGAGGGAAGAGCCACUGGUUUUCCUUGACUCACUUAAAGAGGCUCACCUUUUCUAUCUAGAGGGGAUGAGAAAUGUGGAUGCUAGGAAGAGAUAUCCAAAGGAAUAUACAACAUGGAGGGAAGAUCCUGCUAAUUUUUGUGUGAAUGGUGUCUACCCUAUCCAAGAACUAUGGGGAAGGGCACAACAUGCAUGGAGGGAAAUAUUGUUUACACCUGGAGAAAGUUUUUUGGUUGUCACACACAAGUCAAUGUUGAGAGCACUAAUAUGCACAGCCCUUGGACUUGAGCCAGAGAGGUUCCGUGCAAUUGAUGUGAACAAUGGUGGAAUUUCUGUGUUUGUCUUUAACAAAAAUGGAGAAGCAAUGCUUCAGUCCUUGAAUAUGACGGCUCAUAUGUACAGUGGUCAUGUUUAUAAUUACUAGAGUUUUCUUAAAUGUUGCUGAAUUUGGCAUGCAAAAGAACAGUGUAUAUAAACUGUCUCAAAAUCAGAUGGCCCAAAACUCAAAGGUAUUCUAGUAGUUGGUGCUAGGAAAGCAGGUGAGUAGAAAGUAAAGCUAUAAUGAGUGGAAAGGGAACGCUUUUAACUGAUUAGUUUUCAUCACAUGUUUGUCCUGGGGUAAAAGGAUCAAACAAUUCAUGAAGUUAACUUCAGCUGCAUGGUCCUGUUGGGUGCUUCCAUGGCUGUGAGCAAGAGUGGGUCCUCAAAGAGUGAGUCAUCUUCAGUCCUGUAAUCUUGGUGAGCCAUGGUAUUGGUUGUUUGGCUUAUUGCUAUGUUAUAUCAGGAUCACCAUUUCUGUAUAACAAAUUCUAAUAAUUUUGUACUACAUCCAUAAUCUUUUCUCUAA